UUGAACAAAUUGAUAAUUUAUCUUCAUCUACACAAGUUGAACAAGAGUUGCCUUUACCAAAUAACUUAUUAUUCAUUCAACUAAAUAAUCAUUCUAAUAAUUUAUUUUAUCUAAAUAAUUCUACUUGG